UGACCUGUGUUACUUCCGUCCCUACGCAAAGGUUUCAUUUUGCUGUGAUGAAUUACUUAAACGUAGGCAGCUGUCAUACAGAAAAGGACCACGUAUUAACUCUUAACAGGUAUUUAUCUAUUGCGCCAUAAUAACUGAACCCACCACUAUUUGUAAAGCAAUUCUCUGGAAUUACUGUACUGCUUGGCAAUAGGAGCCAGUCAGAAUCACAAUGUCCCAUUAUAGUUAACCCAUACAUCAGUUUUCCAGACUGUUUUAUCCACUGUUCACUUCUUCUUCCCCUUUGCACUUUCACUGUUGGGCUCAUUUAGCCUUCAGUCCCCUUUACCCAAUAUAAAAUAUUGGAUUUUCUCCUUCUGUGACCUAUGGCCUAGACUAAAGAUUAUGACCUGCAUAUUUUCAGUGGCAUUUGUCUGUAGUUUGCUUGGCCUCCUGUUUUCCCAGAGAACAAGGUCCCUUCUGAAACAAGUGAUAUUCCUGAUUUAAAAUUGUAACAAUAGAGGCUAUACUGAACAAUGAUGUCCUCCCAAAUCAUCCAAAGGUUUUAAGGUCAGAGUAAACAUCUAUAGUGCAUUGUGUGAGCCAGUCUUUCUGCACACUGACAAGGAGAUUUUCAAGGUGUUCCUCUCUACAAUUUUGUGCUUGGAAUAAAAGAUCCAGUUGCUCAUUAAGCAUUAACAGGAAAUUCUAAAUCAUCGAAAUAAUGUAAUUGUUAUAUAAAUAUAAAACUAGUUACAUAAUUUAAAGCUUGAUAAGACCUAUUAAGACACCUAUAACAGGGCAUGUACAGAAUGUAGAUUAAACCAAAAGUAUGACAAGUUUAAGUAAGGCCUGAGUGAAUGGGAUGAAUUGUAUAAAUGGCUUGGCAAAGAUAAGAUCUUUAGGUCUGUGCAGGUGCAUGGAGGUUGGAUUUCUGGCUACAUAAACAACAAAUCAUAUUGGAUAACAAUCUUCUCUGACACUUUUAGCCUUCAGAUGUGCUUAGAACAAAGUCCAAAUCAAAAGUGCUCUAUGUAACACCUGGAGAUUACAUCUCCAUGGAGAUGUUACUGCUCAGCCUAGAAUGUUCCACAGUAUGGAAAUUAAUUGAUCACCCUUGUAUUUAUUCAAUUGCAAGUUUAAUUAGUGCAGAAAAACAAUUAAGGCAAAGCAAUAACAUCAUAUAAAGCUACACAGUGCACAGUGCUUAAUCUGAAGUCUUUGUGAAUCCGCAAUUAUACACAUUUUGUGCCUUAUAUGAAUGUUGUUACAAGUGUGAAACUGAGCUUGUCUUUCUGUAUGUGUCACAGUCAUGGGACCAGCAGUAAUUAAAGACAUCCAUCAGAUUGUGACAAGUGCUGAGAAGCAUUGCAUCGUGGGACGCGGUUCAUGGGCAUGGUAGUCAUGAGCAUCCCGGCAAAUGGUCGCUCCAUUCCCCCGGCAACUCCGGACGCAGGACGCAGCAAAAAGGCGCUGAUCUGAUCUGAGCACACUGCGGACUUGGAAAGAGGCUGAUCGGGAGCGAGAGAACGAGAAACAAGGAGAAGCCGGUCGCUGAUAGUGGCCAGGAGCUCUUUUGGAAAUGCCGGUACCAGACCAACCAGCCGAACAGGAGAAGGGGGCUAUGGUGCCCCCAGUGAUGCCCUCGUCCAACGGAGACAGAUCUGAGUCCGAGACCACCUCCUCUAUCCUGGCCUCCGUCAAAGAACAGGAGCUGCAGUUUGAGCGCCUCACCAGGGAGCUGGAGGCGGAGCGUCAGAUUGUGGCCACACAGCUGGAGCGAUGCAAGCUGGGCUCUGAGGCCGGCAGCAUGAGCAGCAUCAGCUCCUCAGAUGAGCAGUAUCGCUGGAAUGCACAAGCAGAUGGACAGAAGGACAUUGAGGAUGAGCUGACCACAGGCCUUGAGCUGGUAGAUUCUUGCAUUCGUUCCCUACAAGAAUCUGGCAUACUGGACAGUGCCGACAGACCAGCUCUUCUUUCCCAGAGUUCCUUGCAGCUCAACUCCACCCCGGAGGCUUCGCUCCAGUACUCUGCCAGCUACCAUAGCAACCAGACCCUCGCCCUCAGUGACAACAUCUCCUCCGCAGCAACCCCUCAGCGCAGCGGGCAGGUCGGGGGAGCCGUGCACAGCUACAACCAGGUGACCUCGAGUCGUGCAGCCCAACAGCAACAAUCACAAUCUGGGGCAGGGUCAGGUAUCUACUACUCCAGCUCGACUCUGCCUGCCCAGCGUGUCAGCUCUCCUCUCACAGGGGGAGGGUCAGGGUCUGGUUCCCCGAGUAAGCUCCAGCGCCUGGGAUCAUCUUCAGACACGCAAGGCUACUCGACCACUCAGCGCCUGCCCUCCUCCUCCUCCCCCAACAAGCAGUCUCCCGCUAACCGUCUGGCCAAGUCUUACAGCACCUCAGUGGACGUGACAUCAGGGGGUGGGUCUCCCCUGAGGGUGGCAUCCCCUCCCUCCAACUCGCCUGCAGCAGGGGGAGGGGCCAGUGCUUCAUCGUCCCCUCUUCACCAGAUGAGUUCGGGCAUAGGGAGCUAUGCCACUUUGUCUCCUAAACGGCUGGCAGCUCACCACGCCUCUGACCAGUACAAGAUUUCCCACGAGCUCUACGCUACGGCCACACUACAGCGGCCUGGGAGCCUGGCAGGUUCUCGCGGCUCUUACAGCAGUCAGCAUAGUCAGGAGCCCCUUCGGCCUUUAGGCUCUCCAGAACACCACAUAGACCCCAUCUAUGAAGAGCGUGUGUACCACAACAAAGGCCCUAUGAGGAGUCUGAGCCAGAGCCAGGGGCCUGACUCUGGCCCCUAUCGCAACAAUACAGCUCCCUCCUCCCCCGGUGUGGACUCCGCCCCCUUGCAGCGCACAGGGAGUCACGGCAAUGCCACCGGAAACUACAGUCGCGGGACCAACAACUACGCCACAGUCGGACCCGGGUACACCUCAAGCGCGAGCAGUGGUGAUGUCUACGGUUCAGAUCCCUAUGUGGCGGACCCCUAUCGAACCCUCCAGUACUGCCCCUCUGUGGUGGAAUCGCCCUAUAGCAAGUCAGGACCUGCUCUCCCGCCUGAGGGAAGCCUGCAGCGCUCACCCUCUAUCGACUCCAUCCAGAAAGACCCCAGAGAGUUUGGCUGGAGAGACCCAGAGCUGCCAGAGGUGAUCCAGAUGUUACAACACCAGUUCCCCUCGGUGCAAUCCAACGCUGCUGCUUACCUACAGCACCUCUGCUUCGGGGACAACAAGAUCAAAGCUGAGAUUCGGAGACAAGGAGGUAUUCAGCUUCUUGUGGACCUGCUAGACCACCGAAUGAGUGAAGUGCACCGCAGCGCUUGUGGGGCGUUGAGAAAUCUGGUUUAUGGCAAAGCGAAUGAUGAGAACAAAGUGGCUCUGAAGAAUUGUGGAGGGAUCCCGGCUUUGGUCCGUCUUCUGAGAAAGACUGGAGAUGUGGAAAUCAGAGAACUCGUAACAGGCGUACUGUGGAACUUGUCGUCAUGUGACGCCCUGAAGAUGCCAAUCAUUCAAGACGCCCUGGCCGUAUUGACCAACAGUGUUAUCAUCCCCCACUCCAACUGGGACUCCUCCCCCAAUCACCACGAGGACCGCAAGCUCCACCUUCACACGUCCCAGGUCCUCCGCAAUGCAACAGGCUGCCUCAGGAAUGUAAGCUCGGCUGGCGAAGAGGCACGACGGAGGAUGAGGGAGUGCGAUGGGCUGACAGAUGCUCUGCUAUACGUCAUACAGACCUCUCUGGGCAGCAGUGAGAUCGACAGCAAGACUGUAGAGAACUGCGUCUGCAUCCUAAGAAACCUAUCAUAUCGGCUGGCGGCGGAAACCUCCCACGGACAACAGGGAGGGUUAGAGGACCUGGACGGGUUGCUCUGCGAUGCCAAUGGAAGAGACGCAGAGAGUUCUGGUUGCUGGGGAAAGAAAAAGAAGAAAAAGAAGGGAGCAGAACAGUGGGAUGGAGUGGGCCCAUUUCCAGACACUCCUGAGCCCCCCAAAGGAGUCCAGAUGCUUUGGCACCCCACCAUCGUCAAGCCCUACCUCACCUUACUGUCUGAGUGCUCUAAUCCUGACACGCUGGAGGGAGCGGCCGGGGCUCUGCAAAACCUGGCCGCAGGCAGCUGGAAGUGGUCAGUGUAUAUCAGAGCGGCUGUUCGUAAAGAAAAAGGCCUGCCCAUCCUGGUGGAGUUACUGAGGAUAGACAACGAUAAAGUGGUUUGUGCUGUGGCCACGGCUCUCCGAAACAUGGCCCUGGACAUCAGGAACAAGGAGCUCAUUGGUAAAUAUGCCAUGAGAGACCUGAUCCAUCGGUUGCCGGGCAGCAGCAGCAGUAACAACAACACCACCAGCAGUGCCACAUCGGUGAACGCCAGCUCUGCCAGUAAGGCCAUGUCCGAUGAUACGGUGACCGCCAUUUGCUGCGCCCUGCACGAAGUCAUCACCAAAAACAUGGAGAACGCCAAAGCACUACGGGACGCCGGGGGGAUUGAGAAACUGAUCGGUAUCGCACGCAGCAAAGGGGACAAACACUCAGCUAAAGUGGUGAAGGCAGCCUCUCAGGUGCUCAGCAGUAUGUGGCAGUACAGAGACCUGCGCUCCCUCUACAAGAAGGACGGCUACUCUCAGUAUCACUUUGUGGGCUCUGCAUCAACGAUAGAGAGGGACAGACAGAGGCCUUACUCCUCGUCGCGGACCCCCUCUGUCUCUCCUGUCAGGACGUCUCCAAAUAACCGCUCUGGUGUGUGUGUGCGUGUCUGCCUGGGCAUGGGUGUAGCGAGCGCCCCAGCCUCCCCCCGAGAGAUGAUGAGUCUGAAGGAACGCAAGAUGGACUACGACUCCACUGCAACCAACGCCGGUUUCCAUAGCAGCAAGGGAGAGCACACGUCCCGCAAAGACGGCAUGGCAGUUCAAAUAUCCUGUGGGACAUCUACGUUAUUCAGAAACUCCUACCUGACGACCAGUGAUGACAUCAAGCAGAACCAGCCUCAGCCCCCACAGCCGCCUCCGCACAGCCAGAGUCGCAGCUUUGACGAGGCCUUCUAUGACGACCAGGGACCCCCUCCGCCCCCAGCGCCGUCCCAACCGCAGCCCCAGGUUCCGGCACAAGCUCAGCCCCAAGCCCAACCACAGCAGCCCCCCAACUCCACUGGACCCCCGCGGGACCCAAGAGAGGAUCUGCGAAUGCACCUAGGUCUCAAAUCCACCGGGAACUACGUAGACUUCUACUCAGCUUCUAGGCCAUACAGCGAACUGAACUACGAGACCAGCCACUACCCGGCCUCUCCUGACUCUUGGGUGUAAUCUACUUUAAAACUUAAAAAAACAAAACAAAAAAAACAAGUGCGGGGCGAGAGACUGUGUGUAUGUAUGUGUGUCAGAAAGGGAUUAUUUUUGCAGCAAACUCAAGGUUAAAGAGUAGGUUCAGUGGCAUUUUAAAAAGGAAACUCAAAAGACAGUGGAAGGGUAUGGAGCAAAUUACAAAGUCAAAAAGUUCAGGUGAGAAAGCGUGUGAUAGAGAGAGAGAGAGAGACAGUGCAUGUGCAUGCCGGCAUUUUACUUUUUACCCUAAAAUUGCUUUAUUUCCUCAUAGUCAGCUUUUUUGCACCAUAAGAGGAUAAGGGAUGGGUUCAAAUGGGUGCUACUGUAUAUGAAGAGUAGUGGAAGAGAAGUGGAAGGGGCAAAGUUGCAAUGAUGAAAACAGCCAAACAGGAAAGAGUAGAGAGAGGGAUGCAGGAAUGUAGGAAUGUUUUAUUGAUGCUUUGAAUGGUAGAAAGUCACAGGACCUUUAGCAUAGACAGACGUGGAUAAAGGACCAAACACAGAUGUAUGAGGGUUUAUGAGGAGGGAUAUAAAGCACAGGGAAGAUGAAAGCACACUGGACAAAGUCGUGGAUGUCUAUUAUUUCACUCAAGUGAGAAACGUAGCACUGCUUUUAUCCCCUCUUAUUUGUCGCAAUGGCCUUGCCGCCUACACAGUCUUUUCAAUUUGUUUUGAAGGAAUGUCAUCUACGAGAGACUUCUUUUUGUCACUGUUUUUUUGCUUCUUUUCAUUUGUACUUUUCUAAAAUGUAACAGCAAACAAAGAGGAAUCUUUUUAAACCAUUUUCUUUGUACAGUUCAAAGGUAAUAUAGUGUGUAUAUUACACAUUUUUGAUGGGGUCGUUUAUGAAACCAUUUUUCCCAACAAGCAGCAAACACAAUCCUUCAAAUGACAACCAAGAAGCAGUAUACAGACAAAACCUGUGUUAUUUGUCCAGCUAAAGAGGAUGUCCAGCAGUAUUUUUGUUUUUUACUACAUUCGUGAAUAAGCUAAAAUGUCCUCCUCUGCAUAAGAGCAUCAGAUUGAGUAACGCCGCUCCAGAGCCCAGUCAACAGAAGUGCAUUUUCACUGCCUCAACAAUGUGUUUAAAGCACACAGUGUCUUUUACUUUGGGGAUACAGUCUUAUUGGCCAUGUUAACUUUUUAGUGAUUUGUCAUUGUGUGAAACCAACUUGCCCUCUGUAAGAGCCACAUGAAUAUUGUACAACUGCAGAGAAAGACAGAGAAUCAACAUUGUGCCAAACUUUGACAUCUCACGGACCAGUCCUUAUCAUGGACUUUAAAGAGACAUUAAGGGACAUUCGUAACAGGAUAUACUGUCGAAGUUUACAAACAGACAAAACAUCCUCUGCUCUUUCAAACUUUGAUUUCCGUGUGUUUUGAUCAGGAGGAGACAUGCUAUCACAUAAAUGUACAGAUCUGCCUCUCUGUGUGGGCUGGGUGUGAAUGGCUGGUGAGUGGUGCGUGCCUGUGUGUCCAUGUAAACUGGGGUGCGAGUAUCUAUGCAUGCAUGUGACUACUGUUGAGUGUACAGUGUGCGUGUGUGUGCAAUCCUGUAUAAAUCAAUGUCUAUCAAAGGCAUUCUUACUGACUGGCUGUCCAGUUUUACAACGAGAAAAUCCUAAGGUUAAAAUCACUAGAAUGAAUUGCUGAUAUAGAAUGACAAAUCUAUAAAUAUAUGAACAUAAAUAUAAAUAUAUAUAUAUGAUUUUUAUGUGCAGAUGUCCGUGUCUCGAAAUGCAACAAAUGUUCGCAGAGAAAACGUGGUGUACAACAGGACUUGUUCUAUUGACCUAAAUGUGGAAACUGCAGAUUGGAGCCCCCCCUUUAUGCCUAAUCAAAAGAGAUAUCCCACCUGAACAUGCUCAGGCUCUGGUGCGAGUUGUGUGUUAUUGUGUUUCAAUGCUUCUUAGAUGACCCUGCUGAGAGAGGACCGUACUUGAACACAAAGAAAAUAAAAGACUCUUUGCAAUCAA